AAACUGAAGAACUCGGUUCACAAUCCUCUGGCAAAAAAACUAUUGAGUUUUCAGAAAGACUAAACUCUAAAAAAAUGAAUGUGUCAGAUGAAGUGAGGAGCUCAGGUUCAUCUGAGGAUGUAAACGAAGACACUUACAUACUACAUUACAGUGAAUCAGAUAAAGACUCAACUAUGGUAACUGAUGAUGAUGAUAUUGACCUUAUGCAGAGCAGGACCAAAGGUUCAAAAGUUUUGAUAAGUCAUGGCGUUUCUGAGAAUUCGGACUGGAUAAACAAUAGCAAAAAUGGACAUUUGGUCAUGUCGAGCAAUGGUUUGGACAAAAAAAAAUCCCAUGAUGAUGAAAGCACAAGUGUUUCACAGAACAUAAUGCUAGCAAAGAAAAUUCCUACCAUAGAUUUAACAGCAGAAAAUGUUGAUGAAAAUAUUAUUCAUGAGAGUAACUCAGGGCAAAUAUCUAAAGCAAAUCUUCAUCAAAGCAUUGUAAAGGAAGAUUGUGUCUUGGUCAUUAGUCCCAGUUCUACAAGGAAAUGCUCUAAAAGGAGACUAAAACAGACAUGUCCAUCAAAUUCAUCAGGUAACAGUCCAAAGGGAGUUACACUAUGGGAGCAAAGUAACUCACCUGUUAAAACACCAGCACUGCCGCUUGACACACGGAUCUCUCCCCAAAAACUCAGACCUUUAGCUCCUAAACCUGAAACCCCAUCAAAAUUAAACUCCCCUGGAUACAUUCCUCUUCCCAAAAUGAGUCCCAGAAGAAAGGAGCUCAACAAACAAGUACGCAACCUUCUGCCCAAGUCUUUUAUCUUUGAAGCCAAGACACCAUCCCCAACAAAGAAUGCGGCUCUCCUGUUGAAGAAGAAGGCCACCCUGGUAUGUCAGCAGAGAAGCCCUGUCAAGAUUCUACCCAAAGCCCCUCAGCCAAUUGUUUCCCCUUCAAAGCCGAGGCCUCGAGUCACAGUAACACCCUCAAGAAUGUAUACCAGAUCUCAGCAUGUCAAAACUAAAACUGCAGGUGAAUAAAAAAAAUAGAGAAAUUUUGUCUGUAACUUAUCAAAUUCAAGAAAACUUCGUCUUUCUGUAUUUAAUGAAAUUAAAAGCUAAAAAAAUAUGAAGUAGAAUUUUAAUUGGUGUCAUCUGAAUUACCCCAAUUUUUCUACUUCUUGCAUUACAUAUUUUUACAAGAGUGAAUUGUUUAUUUUUGUAUUGCUCAUUUAUGAUUUUUAUGCUUCAUUGAUCUUUUUACAAAUGAGAAAAUAAUAACCAAGAAUUCAGGCAAGUUUUAAAACACUUAUUUUAUUUGUGUAUUAACCAUCCAGGGAUUAUAUUAGUAAGAAAAUAAAACCAUAUACCACUUACUUAAGUUGAAAUAAGAGCAGACAUUGUUUGCCAUUAUUCAGUCUGUGUUCAUCAACAUUCAACAAACAUUUGUUUGCAAAAAUCAUUUUUCAAAUAGCAAUUUUUUGGGGGUAUGAGUAUGAAGAAGAAAGGUUCAUGAUUAAAUUUGAUGAUUAUCAAUGAAAGUGAACAUAGAUGAAGUAGUUAUAAAUUGAUUGCUUGAUCUGUACAUAAAUAGUUGUUGCAGCCCAGAACAUUAGCCAAGAGGACUUCAAGAAAAAAGAUACGCUUGCAGGAAAAGAUAGACCAG